CGGCCGUCGUGAGAGGCAUGUUCCCGGUGGAACUCUGUCAGAAUCGGACGACAUCCGGCAAAUCAGGCGGGAAGGGAGAAACAUCCGAGGCAGAGACACGGCCGGUAGAAUCCACGGAGAUUCCUCGCUGUGUUUUGGUGGGUCCCAAGGGUAGUGGUAAAACAGCGCUGCUGUUCCAGUACGGCCUCAGUCUGGUGAGCCAAGGUCGCCGCGUGACCUUCAUCUCGCACGAGACGCUCCACACGAUGCCGCUCAAGGUCGCGGGGACGCAGAAACCCGACCAGAUGGCACUCAAACAGCUGCAGAUCUUGUACCUGAACACCCAGGAGUCCUUACUGCAGUACCUGAGCUCCGUCCACACCCAGGCCCCCCUCCCCACCGCUAUCCUAACUGCUGAGACAGCCCCCGUAGUGGCCAGACUGUGUGCUUACCUCGUCGACGCUGCUUUCUUCAUCUCAAACAAACUGUCAGAAGACAGGUCCGUAACCGGGCGUGUCCUGUGCCCGGUGGUUGCCACGGUGACACCGCCCGGUGACCGGACGGCUCUGCGCUGGUACGAGCGGUUCCUGACCUCUGUCUGGGAGGUCAAAGGUGUUGCCGGGCAGCAGAGUAUCUACCAGCUGUCUAACGUGUCGAGCGCCAGCCGAGACUCGCUGGUCGUGACAUAUGAAAUUAGCGACGCACUAAGGAUGCUCGACGUGCAGGAGGAAGAACAGCUGGAGGUGGGGGACUGAAGGGUGGACCAUGGAGCAACUACAGGAACCAACAUGUCUGCUGUGCAGCUGAGUUGAAGAAUCUGGAGGCUGUUUCCUCAGAAUUUAGCAGAAAUCCCUGCCUCUGACUUGUCUGAAGUGAUACCCAUCUGACCAGAGAGGACCGUAGGAGGCUGUUUCCCCAGAAUUCAGCAGAAGUCUGAAAUGAUGCCCAGAUGAGCUGGCGAACAGUAAAGUUGUUUCCAGAAAAUUCAACAGGUUAGUUUUUUACAAGCAAGAAGACCCAGGUUCAAUCCCCAGGGUUGGACCCAGACAUGUCCGGACUUGCACCCAGACGUUGUGCCCUUGGGAAAGGCACUUAACACGUAUUUCCCCCCUCAGUUACAGGGUUCCUGGGCCCUACUAGGGUUUGGGUUGGCGUUAGGAAGGGCAUCCAGCCGUAAAAAUCGUGCUUCAAAAAAAGACUUGUACCUCGUGCAAGCACGUCUAACCCCCAGUUGGGGAAAAAUGACGUUAAAUUCGGUUUAAAAAAAAAAGUUUCCUGAUCAUGUUUGCAGCAUGAAAUAACCAGAAAUAGUCACAAACUGAACCAUAUUCCUGCCAAAAAGUGCUACUGUCAGAACCCCGUACCAUCUAGUGGGAAUCAGAUUCACCAGGAACUGUCCUGGCAGACCGUGGAGGAGAGACUUAAGAUCAAUAAUAAUGUGCACCUUCAAAAAAAUUCCAAACAACCAGCCGUACUCUACAAUCAACUGCGCCUUGUGUCACAUCAACACACUUACAGAACCAGAAAUGCUACUCGGAACACCUUCAAACUAGACAAACCAAAAACAAACAGCACUAAAAAAGCCUUCACAUACAGAACUACUGCAGCAUGGAACUCUCUACCACAUGGGCUGCAAACAGUGUCAUAACAUGAGAAGUUCAAACAAGACCUACUAAAGCACAUGAGGGUCUUGAAUAAGUAAAGCACAUACGAUGUUACACAUUUGUUUCUUUUAAAUGAUUUUGUAAUGUAAAUGUAUAUGUAAUUGUAUGUGAUGUAUUGUCAUGUCUUAUGUACCCUCUCC